AUGGGCCCAUGGCUACGAAGUUGUGUACACACCGCCUAUCAUUUGGAUCUGCAGCCUAUCGAGUACGUGUGGGCUUACCUGAAGGGAAACGUGGGUCAGCAAUACACCAUGGAAACGACCAUGACGACCAUGGAAGACGUGCGGAAGAAAGUGCUUGAGCUGAACACGUACGUGUUGAGUUGGAAGCCUCCGAAGAAGUCCUAA